GAAAGUGCAUGCUUCUCCCUAGCUUCUUUCCCUUAUAACCUUUCUCAUUCAUUCAGUCCUCAUCGAACAAGCGUACCAACUCUCCACUCCUCUCCCUCUUCUGCUCCACCUUUCCAUCCAUUUUGUCGGUGUUCUGUUCUACACAUUCUUCUCUACUCCGAUUCGAUUCAACACUCAUGAACCAAAUCGUGUGAUUGAAGCUUGCGCGAAAUUGCAACUGGCCUGAGCUCGAAUUGGGGGUGGCAGUGAAGGUUGCGGUGGUGGUGACGAGUACAGUCGUGCGGCGGAAUCGGCUGAAAAAUGCGGCGACGGGCUGCCGAUUAUCGGCGCCCGGUUCGGCGGAGGUUAUCUGAUUGGAUCUGGAUUCUCCUUGCCUUCUUCUCUGUUCUCGGAUUGCUUUUGUUCGUUCUGCACCACAAUCACCAACAAGAUCCGCCUCAGCAUCCUUCUCCGGAGACAAAUGCAAGAGUUGAACAUUUUGCCAAGGACAGUCUGAAUUUUACUGAAGAAAUUUUAAGUGUGACAUCAUUUUCCCGCCAGUUAGCACAGCAAAUGGUGCUGGCCAAGGCCUAUGUGGUGAUUGCCAAAGAACACAAUAAUCUACACCUUGCAUGGCAGCUUAGUUCAAAGAUCAGAAGUUGUCAACUCUUGCUUUCAAAAGCUGCCAUGACUGGGGAGCCUGUCACGCUGGAGGAAGCAGAGCCAAUUAUUAAAAGCCUUUCUCUUCUAAUUUUUAAGGCACAAGAUAUGCAUUAUGACAUUGCAACCACCAUAGUGACUAUGAAAUCACAUAUUCAAGCUCUUGAAGAGCGUGCCAAUGCAGCAACAGUUCAAAGCACCGUGUUUGGUCAAAUAGCAGCCGAAGCACUACCCAAAAGUCUUCAUUGCCUGAAUGUGAAACUCAUGUCUGAUUGGCUGAAGACACCAUCCCUGCAAGAACUAGCAGAUGAGAAUAAGAACUCCCAAAGGCUCGUGGACAACAAUCUAUAUCAUUUCUGCAUAUUUUCAGAUAAUGUACUGGCGUCAUCUGUAGUAGUUAACUCAACCGUCUCCAAUGCUGAUCAUCCAAAGCAGCUGGUCUUUCAUAUUGUAACCAAUGGAGUCAAUUAUGGAGGAAUGCAAGCAUGGUUCCUUGGUAAUGACUUUAAAGGAGCCACCAUAGAGGUACAGAACAUUGAGGAUUUUAAUUGGUUGAAUGCAUCCUAUUCUCCGAUCGUCAAGCAGCUCCUUAAUCCUGACUCACGAGCAUUCUAUUUUGGACUAUAUCAAGAUAUGAAUGUUGAACCGAAAAUGCGGAAUCCCAAGUAUUUGUUUUUGUUAAAUCAUCUUCGGUUCUACCUCCCUGAGAUUUAUCCGCAACUUGAGAAGGUUGUUUUCCUAGAUGAUGAUCUUGUUGUCCAGAAGGAUCUGACCUCUCUUUUCUCACUGGAUUUGCAUGGAAAUGUGAAUGGUGCAGUUGAAACUUGUCUCGAAGCAUUUCAUCGGUACUACAAGUAUCUCAACUUCUCUAACCCAAUUAUAAGCUCGAGGUUUGAUCCGCAGGCGUGUGCAUGGGCAUUUGGUAUGAACAUUUUUGACUUGGUUGCAUGGAGGAAGGCAAACGUGACCGCAAGAUAUCACUAUUGGCAAGAUCAGAAUGCUGAUGGGACACUCUGGAAGCUGGGGACACUUCCCCCUGCUCUUCUAUGUUUUUAUGGUUUGACAGAACCACUUGAUAGAAGAUGGCAUGUCUUAGGAUUGGGUUAUGAUCUUAAUAUUGACAACCGCCUCAUUGAAAGUGCAGCUGUUAUUCACUUCAAUGGGAACAUGAAACCGUGGCUGAAGUUAGCUAUAGGCAGGUAUAAGCCUCUAUGGGACAAGUAUAUAAAUCAAAGUCACUCUCAUCUUCAACAUUGUAGCCCAAGUUGAAAUGCACAACUUCUCCAUUGCUGACUGAUUAUAAAAUCUGGGAUUAUUUUAAACUCUUGAUAUGUGGUUUCCUUACUGUAGAGUCAGAAGUAGAAAAUUUUGACUUCGAUAGGAAUUUGUUUUCUCCCCCCUUCCCUUCUCUCUCUUCUCCAUCUUUUCUUAUGAAUCAUUCUUGAAAGAGAAGAAAAUUUCUUAUACAGUAAAAGGUUUAUAUGCGCUAGGUGAAGAAACAUGGGAUAAUCCAUUUUUGGCUGGUGUGAUGAUUGUUCUUUAAUUAGCCAUUCUUGUAAUAAUUUAUCAGCCCUCUCAAAUAGCAAUGUAAUCUGAAUGGAAACAUGUUUUUCCUUC